UAGCCACGUCCAUCCAAAGUGGGCAGGGUUAGAACGCGAUGACGUCAAAACUUUUAUCGGUUCUCUCUCCUCUUCAAACGGUGGGGAGAGGGCGGCUGGCGGCCAUUGCUCUCGGCUCUGCUGCAUCCGGCUAUGUGGGCGUGGUCACCUACAGAUGGCAAAGAAAAUGGAGGGAGAAGAAAGACAGAUGGUCACCGCUAACUACGUUCUCCUCGGGAGUGGCACUGGGGGUGAUUUCCAUGGCAAUAAGCCCCGCCCUCCGGAGAUGGAAGAGUCCGAGGUCCGACAGAGUGUUGUCAUCAGUUCUGCCGAUGUUGAGAGCCAACUCUGAGGUAAGACAAAUGGUUGGAGCGUCACUGACACCAGGACUGUUUAGAGCUUACUCCUACUCCGGUGGAGUAAAGUGGAGUGGAGUAAGACGGAGUAAUGGAAUAAACUGGAGCCCAUUUACCCUCCAACCAUGUGAGUGGAACGGUGCAUGGAACCCCUAUCAAAAAUGAGGACACCUCUCUAAUAAACACUUUCUUUCCCCAAAAAUAUUUUCUUGCUAACACCUGAAACAAGGACGCAUGGACACUUUCUUCUGUCCCAUUGGUGUUAGAGAGGUUGUAUAUACACCCGACAAUUCUUCUCUUUCGUUCCUCUGGCUCCAGAUGGUCUACAGCUGCUAUUCCAGGUCCAUGGAGAGACUUCCAGUGCAAUGGUCAGUUUGGACGUACGGAACCACACCCCCUGGGGGCGUGGCCUCAUCUACAACAGUCUAGUUGUUGACCUACCAAAUGGAGAAAGACUAGUCCUCAAAGGAACUUUGAAUGACGCUGUACUUGAGAGCUACACUGCUAGAUUAUCUUGAUACCAUGGGUUUUUUUCAAAUCAUGUCUGCUGUGAAGAAAGUGAAAGUCUUGCGAUGUCAGUGUGGACGCCAUGAUUGACCCACUAGUAUAAUAUAUAAGCCAUGGUAGAGCCACUAUAUACCAAGACUAGUAUUCAUGAAGUGUGUGUCUGUAAUACAAUGUGUAUGGGUAUAAUAUAUAAGCCAUGAU